AUGUCAUUUCCACAUUACGUUGCCAGUGUGUUUUCCAGCAAUGGUUUGGUCAGAUCUUUAUUUGGAGGGGCAUUUCCUCUUUUUGGUAAACCAUUGUAUGAUAAUUUAGCCACAAAACAAUUUCCUGUUGGAUGGGUGUCUAGUAUAUUGGGGUUCAUUUCGCUCUCCAUGAUUUCGAUUCCAGUGUUUUUUUAUUUAAAUGGUCCAAGGUUGAGAGCAAGAUCAAAUUAUUCAAAACGAUAA